AUGGGAAACCUGUGUGCGGCCGUGCCGACUGUCACGAAGGUAGCGGUGCUAGGGGCCACAGGCCAGCAAGGGGGUGCCGUCGCCGCAGCUUUGGCGCAGAAGGGCAUCGCAGUGGUUGCCAUCACUCGUAACCCCGAGUCUGAGAAGGCGAAGGCCCUGGCGGAGAAGCCGCAAAUUGUCGUGCGGAAGGCCGACUUGAAUGACGUGGCGAGCCUUGUGACAGCUUUCGAAGGUUGUGACGGAGCCUUUGUGAUUGCAAACUUCUGGGAAGGCAUGGAUGCGGGGAAAGAGAUGGAGCAGUACAAGAACGCGGCAGAGGCCCUCAAGAAGGUAGGCACUAUGAAGCACGUCAUCUUCACUACCCUGGAGGAGUCAAACAUCCCUGUCAACAAGGACUUCAAGACCAUCGCGCAGCACGCCACCGGCGACAUGAAAGUCCCACAUUUCGAUGGCAAGGCACGCUCCGAGAAGUUUUUCGAAGGCUUGCCGACCACCUUUAUGGUGACGAGCUGCUACUUUGAGAACUUCACGAGCUUCUUCAGCUUGGCGAAGCAGGCAGAUGGAAGCUAUACCUUCACGCUGCCCAUCGGAGACAAGAAGAUUCCAUGGACCAUCCUCAAUGACCUUGGCGUCCUGGUGGCAUCGACGUUUCAGAAGCCGGAGCUUGUCGGAGAGCGGAUCGGACAAGCCUCCUUCUAUGCGUCCGGCAACGACCUUGCGGAGAUGCUCACGAAGGCGACUGGCAAGAGCGUCAAGUACAACAAGGUCGACUGGAAGACUUUCGCCUCCUUCGGCUUCCCGGGUGCAGACGAGCUCGCGCAGAUGUUCGAGUUCUGGAACCGCACCUACGACGCUUUCUGUGGCGCGCGCACCCUCGAUGCACAGAAGGCCAUCAUCGGAGGUGCUUCCUUCACCGAUCCGGUGGAGUACGCCAAGACGCUGCCGCUCAAGUUCGAAGGAUGA